AAAGGCGAUAAAGAGAGCUACAGAGUGCUGCUGCAUUGAAUCUGUUGAGGACUUUGAUUUUGAAAUAUGUACAUCACGUAUCGGUGCGUGUGUGCGCAUACGUGCCGACGUCAGUAUGAACCAAUCGACAGUCUGUGUCUGUGACAUUUAGCGAUCGGUCUCUCCGCAUAACGAGUGCCAGAGAUGUUCAUUGUCAUUUAUCAGCCUCAGUUUGACUGUAUUUGUGCUGUGUGCGUCCUGUAGAAGAAUAAACCACACACACUUCCACAAACUUGUAUGCAUAUGUCCUGCACAUAUCUACAAUACAUCAAGCUCUCAUCCUUUGAUAAUCAUCCAGCCUGUCGUGAGUCAAACCAACUGCAUUAAAGAUCACACAGUGGAUAGCCUGUACAUUUGAUUCCAUUCUGGAUGGAUAUAACUUGCACUUGAUUCAGCUUCAUCAUCUCGAUGUUCUCUGAUGCUGCAAUUACAGAGAUUGAACAGAGCUAAGAAUAUUCAUCUAAUCUGAGUUUAUAAAGCAGCCCAUCGACUGAACAAAAUACCCAAACCUCUCAUCGUGAACAAGCUCAUAUUACAGUAUCCUGACAUUUAACCACUGCAGUUUAUGUAAAGGCUGUCUUCCCUCACCAAUGUUAAUCAUCAUACUUUAUGAUUAUUAAACGUAUUGAAACUAAUACUCUGCUCUGUGUGUUCUGACCGACACACCCGGUUCACUACGAUACCUUGCUAGCCUUAGUAAUUCAGAUAGCUCUUUGCUACAUUAAGUGGUCCUUCGAGCCGGAUCGUAGCUGUGCUGGGAGUAUGCAGCAGAGUGUUGGAGUAUCAGAGGCCAUGUCCACCCGGCCUAAGCGUUUAAUCAGACAGCCCUCUUAUUUGAAAGACUAUGAGGUCAGUGCUAUGCAUUACCAGAGACCGAGUUCAGUGGCACCGCCCGCACCAAGAGAAAGCCAAAGCUCACAGUCUCAUGUGACGUGGAAUGAGCUUUACCCGCCUCCAGAUGAUAACUCUCUAAGCUUCGAGGAGAGCUUCCUAGACACUUCCAGACAGUCUUAUCCCCCUAUGCCUUACAGAACGGAGGGAGUACCACAGAGCAGGUUACUGAGUGAGAGUAUGCGGUAUGAUUCAGUUUCACAUCAUGAUACUAGAGAGGGUGAAUUGACAGCCUCAGCCAGAGCGCCAUUAGCAGUACAGCGAGAUCAGUCCCGAGAGAGAUGGCCCAUGCCACCCCUUGCUACAUCGGAUGACUUUCAGGCUUCAGAGAUAGAGGAGCCUAAUGAAGAGUUACCUCCCCCACCGUGGCCUACACCAGAUGACCCUCCGAUAUUUGCAGUUGGUGAAGAAAUGCGUAUGAUUAAUGUCUUGGAUCGGAUGAUGAGCGAGUUGCAGCUCAUGAAAGAGAGUGUUGCCUCUAAUGUCCUGAUGCCCACUCAUUCACACUCCACCCCGAGAGUGGUAGGCCCUUCCCAGACUAGAGGAGGUUUUGAUCAGUACAAUGCCAAGGUUUGUACUCCGAGGCCAGCAACUUAUUCUACUGUUUCACAUCCACCCCCUGUUUAUCAUUCAGAUGUGGGCUCUGCACGGAGGAGUGGAGUCCGACCUGGCAUGAAUCAGUCAUACCCUACUCAAAGUACACAUUUCUCCCCUGGGUCAGUGACAUUGGGAGGGGAGUACCGGGGGCCUACGCCGAAGAUUCCCCUUUUCAUUCGUAAUGACCCGAUGGAGUUCUCUCGUCUGAAGUUAGCCCUAACUAAUCUGUUGCCGGCCGAUGCUUCAGAGCUUUUUAAGUACCAGAUUCUGGUGGAUCAUGUAAAGCUAGAAGAGGCUUGUCUCAUUGCAGACUCCUUUAUUAAUUCACCUAUGCCAUAUACCGACACAAUGAUCGCCUUAACAGAGAAGUUUGGACAGCCGCAUCAAGUCGCCUUGAAGAGGAUCGCUGCGGUGAUGGAUUCAUCUGAGGUGAGAAGAGGGGAUAUAGCUGCCUUUGAGAGGUUUUCUCUGCAGGUGCAGUCGCUUGUGGGUAUGCUGCAGACGUUAGGUCCAGAUGGGGAGGUUGAAUUACGAUGUGGCUCACAUGUUGCUCGAUUGCUCACCAAGCUUCCACCAGAGAUGCGAGCAAACUUCCGUCGUCAGAUGUUCCAGCAUUCUGGUCACACGCAUACAUUGCUGGAUCUUGCAAAAUGGCUACGUUAUGAGUCAUGGUGCCAAGGCUAUGACUCCACUUCAGGUAUCAGUGGUCAGGGAACAUCAGGCUAUCGGGUUGAGAGGAAACGCAGCAGACCAGCAGCUACAGUGUUGCAUGGAUCGGAGAGUGGACAGGGCAGAGCGAUUAAAACGGAAGGCCCUUCAGUGCAGCAAAGGAAGAGCAGAGUAAAGCCAUAUUGCCCAUUUUGUGAGUGUACAGAACACUUCCUUAAUAAAUGUCCAGCGAUACAGAAGCUCACGAAAGAGGAGGUUAUUGAAUGGAUAAGGAUCAAUAAGAGAUGUUGGAGAUGUGGAAGAGCACAUAUGGCCGCCCAGUGUGAUCUAAAGAGGUUAUGUGAUGUGUGUAAUGGGAAGCACUUGAGAGUCUUGCAUGAUGCCAACUCACGCUCUUCAGCCGAGCCGCCGAAAUCUGAGAAUUGCCUGGUGAGUACCAGCACGGACGUUCUUUACGUAGAUCGGCCCUCGGCUACUUCUCGUGUAUUGUUGAAAGUUGUAAGAGUGUUACUGCGCAAUGGAGGCAGAACGUUAGACACCUAUGCGAUUCUGGAUGAUGGGUCCGAACGCACAAUGCUCCUCCCAGAAGCAGUUGACAUCUUAAACUUGCAGAAGAAGCCAGAAGAGCUCGCCCUCCGUACCAUCCGUCAGGAAGUUCAGACACUUCGAGGAUCUGCUGUCUCAUUCACUAUAUCACCCCUUGCAAAUCCCAAGAGGAACUUUCGGAUUAGGGAAGCGUUCACAUCACAGCGUUUGGGUUUAGCAGACCAUUCCUAUCCGGUGGCCAGUUUGAAGAGAAGGUAUAAGCACUUGGCGGAUCUUCCCCUGGAGUCAUUUGAACGGGUUAAGCCACUCAUUCUGAUUGGAGCAGACUAUCCGAACUUACUUACCCCUGUUGAGCCGGUGAGAUUGGGCCCUCCAGGAGGACCUGUAGCCAUUCGCACAAGGCUGGGAUGGACGCUCCAAGGGCCAGCACAUUUCACACAAUGGAUGUCACCUACUCAACAAUGUCUUCUGACUGGUGUUUCAGGCCAAACUGCCGAGCUUUUGCAGGAUGUGGAGAGGCUUUGGCAGAUGGAUAUCUUGCCAUAUCAAAGCAGUAGACUGGCUAUGCGGUCGAAGCAGGAUAGAGAAGCCGUGGAGCUGUUGGAAGCCAAGACUCAACGAGUGCAAGUUGGAAACAUUCUUAGAUAUGCAACGCCGUUGUUACGGAGGCCGAAUGUUCCCCCCCUUAGAGCGCCUAUCAAAGCCGUCCUACCUAAUCUCCGGAGUCUUGAGAGACGUUUGGGUCAAGACCCAUUACGUGCCCAGGAGCACAGUGCAGCGAUCCACAAGUUAGUGGAAGGUGGAGCAGUCAAGGAAGUUGACCCCAAAGAGACCUCUACUACAGAUGAGUCGUGGUACAUUCCACACCAUGUUGUGAGCCACAACGGGAAGAAUCGGUUGGUCUUCAACUGUUCCUUCAAGUUCCAAGGUAUAAGUCUGAAUGACACCCUCCUUCCCGGUCCUACGCUGGGCCCCUCACUCCUGGGAGUCCUGUUGCGCUUUAGGGAACACGCGGUAGCAGUCAGUGGCGACAUUCGAGCAAUGUUCCAUCAGGUUCGACUCCUACCGGAGGAUAGGUCACUUCUUAGAUUCAUAUGGCGUGAUAUGAGACGGGAUGAAAGCCCUGACGUCUACGAGUGGCAAGUUCUACCCUUCGGUACUGCCUGCUCACCGUGCUGUGCCACUUUUGCUCUUCAGAUGCAUGCAAGAAAUCAUCCUGGGCCAGGAGGGGUAGUGACACAUUCAGUGGAACACUGCUUCUAUGUGGACAAUUGUCUCCAGAGUGUUCCCAACACAGACGAAGCCAAGGUGUUGGUUGACAGUCUCAGGUCAGUGUUAUCCUCUGGAGGGUUUGAGAUCAGGCAAUGGGCUUGCAAUAAGCCAGAAGUUCUUCAGCACCUACCAACAGAAGCAAGGUCAGAUAACAUGGAGGGAUGGCUUUCAAAGAAUGAGUCUGGAUUGUCAGAACCGAUCCUUGGGCUCAAUUGGCAGUGGGGGACAGACACCUUAGGCUACAAGAGCCGGACUCUACAGUACACAUCCCUAACCAUGAGAAAUGUCUAUAAAGUGGUCGCCAGACAAUACGACCCCCUGGGAUUUAUCGCACCCUACACAACUCGCGCCAAGCUGAUUGUCCAAAGCAUGUGGGACAAACCGCGUGAUUGGGACGACCCCCUCUUACCCGCAGACUUGCAACGGGCAUGGAUGGAGUGGGAAUCAGAGUUGCCCUUGUUGUCGAGUAUUACGCUACCCAGACCUUAUACUCCCACUUAUGCCCAGCAGGAGAUCACCUCUCGGCAGAUUCACGUGUUUAGUGAUGCCUCCGAAAAGGCUUAUGGGUCAGUGUCUUACAUGAGGACAGAAGACACUCAGGGUAGAGUCUAUUUGGCUUUCAUAGCAGCCAGAUCCAGAGUAGCACCCCGCAAACAGCACUCUGUUCCCCGUCUUGAACUUUGUGGUGCCUUGACAGCAGCUCAACUUGCCAAGACCAUCGAGAGAGAGCUGACCGUGAAGUUGGAUCAGAUUGUUCUUUGGAGUGACUCGACAACAGUGCUGACAUGGUUGCGGUCUGAGUCAUGCCGCUUCAAGGUGUUCGUGGGUACUCGUGUGGCAGAGAUCCAGGAGCUCACAGCAGGAUGUACCUGGCGCUAUGUAGACUCUGCACGGAACCCAGCCGACGAUGUCACCAGGGGAAAGACAUUAGCAGAACUAGUCAUGCCUAAUCGUUGGAGUCAAGGCCCAUCCUUCCUUCUUAAAGGACCUGCUGAAUGGCCAUCCUCACCGGGAGAGGUGUCAGGACUUGAUACCUCAGAAUACAGGAAGCCAACUUCCUGUGGAGUGGUAUGCAGUGUGGAUGGGAAAGAAACCACUCUAGGCCAGUCAUUCUCAUCUUGGAAAGCUCUGGUAGAGGCAGUAGCAGAGGAGGCUCACGGGGCGGCUGACCUGAAGAAGCCCUUGUCUGCAGAGGACUAUCGGCAAGCAGAGUUGACGGUUUUCCGUAGAAGUCAAUCAGCGUGCUUUGCAGAGGAGCUGAGUCGUCUCAAAGCUGGAAGGUUGGUAGGUCGGAGUGGCCGGCUUCUUACCCUCUCCCCAGAGCUAGACCCGGUCGAGGGAGUGAUUCGAGUAGGAGGUAGACUCCGACGUGCAGAGCUGCUGGACCCUGCGUUCAAACAUCCAAUUAUUUUGGACCCUUCAUAUUGGACGACUAAGCUGCUUAUCCAGGAUUAUGAUGCACGUUUGUGUCACCCAGGAACAGAGCGGGUCUUCGCAGAAAUACGGCGUCAGUUCUGGAUCCUCCGAGGUAGAGAAGCGAUUAAGAGGGUUCAGUAUCAAUGUCAAGAGUGCAGGAGAUGGAAAUCCAAGCCAUCAAUCCCGAAGAUGUCUGAUUUACCAGUAGCCCGUUUACGGUUAUACAAGCCAGCGUUCUACUCGACUGGAGUAGAUUGUUUUGGACCGUUCCAAGUCAAAUUGGGGAGGCGUUCAGAGAAAAGAUGGGGUAUCAUUUAUAAGUGCCUCACCACCCGAGCAGUGCACUUGGACCUCAUACACGGGAUGGAUGCCGACUCCUUUCUGAUGAGUCUCAGAAGAUUCAUUGCUCGCCGAGGGACUCCAGCGGAGCUCUACUCAGACCAGGGUACAAAUUUUAGAGGAGGCGAGAAGGAGCUCAGUGAAUGCUUCCGCAGUAUGUCCUCAGAUCUCAGACAACUUCUUGCCAAACAAAAGAUUGACUUCCAUUUCAAUCCUCCUGCCGCACCUCAUUUUGGGGGUACGUGGGAGCGGGAAAUCAAGUCUGUCAAGGCAGCUUUGUACACGGUCAUAGGAGUUCAGCCAAUCUCUGAAGAGGUACUGUACACAGUUCUUCUCGAAGUUGAGGCUAUCUUAAAUUCGAAGCCGCUGGGUUACACCUCGUCUGAUGUUGUUGACUUGGAUGCUAUAACCCCAAAUGUUCUCCUCAUGGGGCGGCCAGAUGGGGCACUGCCCCAAGUAGUGUAUCCUAAGAGUGAAGGACUGAGCAGACGAAGAUGGCGACAUUGCCAAGUUAUAGCGGAUCACUUCUGGGCCAGGUUCAUUCGGAGUUAUUUGCCAACCUUGCAGCACAGGCAGAAGUGGCAUGGAGCCCCAGAGGAUCUGACAGUGGGCUCAGUAGUUCUGUUGAUAGACCCACAGUUCCCCAGAGCACUCUGGCCCAUUGGUAGAGUGGUUGCAGUACAUUGUAGUGCAGAUGGUCACGUGAGGUCUGCGGAUAUCCAAGUCAAGGAUAAGGUUUAUACCAGACCCGUUGCCCGGCUGAUUACUCUUCCAACGAUACCUGACACUGAAGUGGAUGAGCAAUGCACUCCAGGUGCAACAGAUUCAACUUAGCCUUUUGCGGAGACAAAUUGCACACAAUUUGGGGGCGGCUGUGCAAAAGGCGAUAAAGAGAGCUACAGAGUGCUGCUGCAUUGAAUCUGUUGAGGACUUUGAUUUUGAAAUAUGUACAUCACGUAUCGGUGCGUGUGUGCGCAUACGUGCCGACGUCAGUAUGAACCAAUCGACAGUCUGUGUCUGUGACAUUUAGCGAUCGGUCUCUCCGCAUAACGAGUGCCAGAGAUGUUCAUUGUCAUUUAUCAGCCUCAGUUUGACUGUAUUUGUGCUGUGUGCGUCCUGUAGAAGUGAGUAACGAUCGUUUUACACUGUUGUUUGCUUUAUAGUUGUUUGUUAGUUGUGACGCAGUUAUUGCACGAGAUGUGCUGCAUCUGAGGUAUUUAUGAUUGCAGUUAAAGUUACAAUGUUAAUACCCAUAUUAUUGAUCACAUAGAUAUCAGUGAAUGUGAUGUUAUAUUCAGUGUUUCUACUAUUGUAUUACAGCCUGAGGGGAGCAGCCUAGAAUGUAUGUCAAUAUGUUUAUUAUGUUAAUUACUGAUGUUAGAUUCCUGUUCUCUGUGUUUGUAGGAAUAAACCACACACACUUCCACAAACUUGUAUGCAUAUGUCCUGCACAUAUCUACAAUACAUCAAGCUCUCAUCCUUUGAUAAUCAUCCAGCCUGUCGUGAGUCAAACCAACUGCAUUAAAGAUCACACAGUGGAUAGCCUGUACAUUUGAUUCCAUUCUGGAUGGAUAUAACUUGCACUUGAUUCAGCUUCAUCAUCUCGAUGUUCUCUGAUGCUGCAAUUACAGAGAUUGAACAGAGCUAAGAAUAUUCAUCUAAUCUGAGUUUAUAAAGCAGCCCAUCGACUGAACAAAAUACCCAAACCUCUCAUCGUGAACAAGCUCAUAUUACAGUAUCCUGACAUUUAACCACUGCAGUUUAUGUAAAGGCUGUCUUCCCUCACCAAUGUUAAUCAUCAUACUUUAUGAUUAUUAAACGUAUUGAAACUAA